AUGUACCGCAAGUAUUCAGCCCUACUUCUGCUUGCCAGCAGCUUCCUUGCCGCCGCCUUACCUAGGCCCGACAUUGGCGAUCCCGUAAAUAGUGGCCUCCCUGCCGACGUCCAGGAGCGGGUAGACAGCAACGAGCUGGAUUGUGUCGAGGUCGUGGAUGGUGUCACGUGCAGUGACCGUUCUGGGGCUUCAUUCUUCGUGCGCGAAGAUACCAAUAAUGACAGCGCCAAUAAUGCGGCAGUUAAUCGGAACGAUGCAAAUACGGGCAAUCCUGGGCCGUUACCCGCGGAUGUCCAGGAACGCGUGGAUAGCGGAGAACUGGACUGCGAAUUCGAUGGGGAGGUUACAGUUUGCACAGAUCAGUUUGGUGGUGGCUUCAUUGUGAGGAACGACGAUGCCACGAACGAAGCGAACAAUGCUAACACGGGCAACGCACCUUCACUGCCCGCGGAUGUCCAGGAACGUGUUGAUAGCGGAGAAUUAGACUGUGACUUCGAUGGCGAGGUUACAGUGUGCACUGAUCAAUUCGGUGGCGGAUUUAUUGUGAGGGAUUAA